GCGCGGCGGCGGGGUCGCCCGGGCCAGAGAGCGCCGAGCGGCUGAGGCGAGCCGCCGACCAGCCACAUGGAGGAACCAGGGGCGCCCGGGGCCGGGAGUCUGCCUGCCAAUGGCAACGGCAAUGGAAAUGGCAACGGCAACGGCAACGGCAAUGGCAAAGGGAAGACUGCGGCGCCCAAGGGUCGGGAAGCGUUCCGCAACCAGCGUCGGGAGUCUGAGGGCUCUGUGGACUGCCCAACUCUGGAAUUCGAAUAUGGAGAUGCAGAUGGACAUGCAGCAGAGUUAUCAGAAUUGUAUAGCUACACUGAGAACCUGGAGUUCACUGCUAACAGGAGGUGCUUUGAAGAAGAUUUCAAGAUUCAAGUGCAAGGCAAGGAAUGGCUGGAAUUGGAAGAAGAUGCCCAAAAGACGUAUGUGAUGGGACUUCUGGACCGGUUGGAGGUGGUUAGUAGGGAGCGGCGCCUGAAAGUGGCCCGAGCUGUUCUCUACUUGGCCCAAGGCACUUUUGGGGAAUGUGAUUCAGAGGUCGAUGUGCUACACUGGUCCAGGUACAACUGCUUCCUGCUCUAUCAGAUGGGGACCUUCUCAGCCUUCCUGGAGCUACUCCACAUGGAAAUCGACAACAGUCAGGCCUGUGGCAGUGCCCUUCGGAAACCUGCUGUCUCCAUUGCUGAUAGUACAGAGCUCCGGGUUCUGCUGAGUGUCAUGUACCUAAUGGUGGAAAAUAUCCGCUUGGAGCGAGAGACAGACCCCUGUGGGUGGAGGACAGCCCGGGAGACCUUCCGCACUGAACUGAGCUUUUCCAUGCAUAACGAGGAGCCUUUUGCCCUUUUGCUCUUCUCUAUGGUUACCAAAUUCUGCAGUGGCCUGGCCCCCCACUUUCCCAUAAAGAAGGUCCUGCUUCUGCUCUGGAAGGUGGUCAUGUUUACCCUCGGUGGAUUUGAGCAUCUGCAGACCCUCAAAAUACAGAAACGGGCAGAAUUGGGCCUACCUCCGUUGGCCGAGGACAGUAUCCAGGUGGUGAAGAGCAUGCGUGCUGCUUCCCCACCCUCUUACACUCUUGACUUGGGGGAGUCUCAGCUGGCACCACCACCCUCCAAGCUACGAGGCCGCCGUGGUUCUCGAAGGCAACUCCUCACUAAGCAGGACAGCCUAGAUAUCUACAAUGAAAGGGAUCUCUUCAAGACCGAGGACCCAGCCACAGAGGAAGAAGAGGACUCUCCUAGUGAUGGAGAACGUACCUUGGAUGGAGAGUUAGAUCUGCUAGAGCAAGACCCUCUGGUGCCACCUCCACCCUCACAGGCACCCCUCUCUGCUGAGCGAGUGACCUUUCCGAAAGGCUUGCCCUGGGCACCAAAAGUCAGACAGAAGGACAUUGAGCAUUUCCUGGAGAUGAGCAGGAACAAGUUCAUCGGAUUCACCCUGGGGCAGGACACAGAUACCUUGGUGGGAUUGCCCAGACCCAUCCAUGAGAGUGUGAAGACCCUAAAGCAGCACAAGUAUAUCUCCAUCGCAGAUGUGCAGAUCAAGAAUGAAGAGGAGCUGGAGAAAUGCCCUAUGUCUUUGGGAGAAGAGGUGGUACCAGAAACGCCAUGUGAAAUCCUCUACCAGGGCAUGCUGUAUAGUCUCCCCCAGUACAUGAUUGCUCUGCUUAAGAUUCUCCUGGCUGCAGCUCCCACCUCCAAGGCUAAGACAGACUCUAUCAAUAUCCUGGCAGAUGUCCUGCCUGAAGAAAUGCCCAUCACUGUUCUCCAGAGUAUGAAGCUGGGCAUCGAUGUGAAUAGGCACAAGGAGAUCAUCGUAAAGAGUAUUUCUGCUCUGCUCCUUCUGCUCCUCAAACACUUCAAACUCAACCAUAUUUACCAGUUUGAAUAUAUAUCACAACAUUUGGUAUUUGCCAACUGUAUCCCGUUGAUCCUAAAGUUCUUCAAUCAAAAUAUCUUGUCCUACAUUACUGCCAAAAACAGCAUCUCGGUCCUGGAUUACCCUGGCUGUACCAUUCAGGAUUUGCCGGAGCUUACUACUGAGAGUCUGGAAACUGGGGACAACAACCAGUUCUGCUGGCGGAACCUCUUUUCUUGCAUCAAUCUUCUGAGGCUGCUCAAUAAACUGACCAAAUGGAAGCAUUCCAGGACCAUGAUGCUGGUAGUGUUUAAAUCAGCUCCAAUCUUAAAGCGGGCCCUCAAAGUCAAACAGGCCAUGCUGCAACUUUAUGUCUUGAAGUUGCUAAAGAUGCAGACCAAGUACCUGGGACGCCAGUGGAGGAAAAGCAACAUGAAAACUAUGUCAGCCAUUUACCAGAAAGUGCGCCACCGCAUGAACGAUGACUGGGCUUAUGGGAAUGACAUUGAUGCCAGGCCAUGGGACUUCCAGGCAGAAGAGUGCACCUUGAGGGCCAACAUUGAGGCUUUUAAUAGCCGCCGGUAUGACAAACCCCAGGACUCUGAAUUUUCACCUGUGGAUAACUGCUUGCAGAGUGUGCUGGGGCAGAGGUUGGAUCUACCUGAAGAUUUUCACUAUUCCUAUGAGCUCUGGCUGGAGAGAGAGGUGUUUUCACAGCCCAUCUGUUGGGAGGAGCUGCUCCAGAAUCACUGACUAAGCUUUUAUCAAGGAAGCAUCUGAUAGAUGGAGGUUGGCUCCAAUAAAUGGUGCUCUGCCUACCCCACCCAUCCAGCCUGUGCUGCCUGCCUAGCAGUGCUUGUCAAGGGGAGACCAGCCCCAGCCCAAGGCAUCCAGCAUAGUUCAGGGUUAUUCUGGGGCGCAUUGAGCUUGGAUCCUGAGUCACAACAAACUGACUGCCUUGCCCUGGGGUCAGCUGCAUGCCCUGUGGACUGGGGCAACCUCUUGGUAGAUUGGUCCUGGAGAGGAAUCUUUGAUGAGACCUGCUUUAGUGUUGCCUAGAACCAGGCUGCCUUUGCUGGCUCCAAGAAUGAGAGGACUUGGUUAUGGUGUUUGAGCCACGGCAUUCAUCCCAAAUAGUGGGACAGGUGCAGGUCGCCCAUUAGGGAGAAGAUUUUCUUCUUGCUCACCCUGAAUUCCUAGGACUUAUCAGAAUAUGGCAACUUUAAAAUUAAUACUAUAUUUUAAAAUGUUUAAUUUUGACACUUCUGAAAUCAUUAGCUCUGAGAUGAUUUUUAGAGCACUUGCACCUUCUUUGUAAAGGAUAAUGAUUUACUAUUCCCUAAACACUGCAUGUUACAGAAAGUAUAUUGUGUAGAAUGGUUUUUCCUUUAUUUCUUAGGAGAUCCAUGUUGAAUGUGAAAUUAUUCCUGUGUCUACUUUGUAUAUAGAGUAUGGAGUGCUCUGCUGUUCAUAAAGAGCCACAACCAGUAUGAAAUAAUCAGGUGUUCUAUAAGAGUGUUUCAUGUUUUUCUGAAAUUACUUUAGUUUUUAAAAUGGCUGAGUACACUGUAGAAAAUUAUCCUUCUCAUCUACUUCAUUUUUUAAAUGACAAGUUAACUUCAGGAGGUUUUAUUUAUUGAAAUAGCAUGUCCAUUUGUGCUGAUUAUUUUUUAAUUGAAAAGAACAGCAAGAACAUCACAGCUUGCAUUUUUGCUUCUUCAAAAUUGAUUGAUUUUUGCUUCUUCAAAAUUUACUUUUUUCCUUUUUACUACUAGCAGUUUCAAAGUGUCAUGAGGUUUAACAAUAUUAUUCCUAAGUGUUACACAUUUCAUUGAACAUAUGAGGGCUGGUGUGUGAACCUCUGUAUCUUUCUCUGACAGCAGAAUCAUAUCCUUCCCCCAAAAAAACAUGUUUCUAGAAAACUUUCUGAUUGAAUCAGGAUCAUUUUAUUUCUCUUCUUUCCCCAAUUACAGGAUCUGUAUCUUCAAGCUUUUUCCCUUUAAAUCCUCCUCCCAACAUAAAUAGUGCUGAAUCUUGUUGUGAUGGCACCAGGACACUGCUUACAGGUCAUGUCCAGAUUGGCUUGUUUACUCUGUCUGUUGUCAACUAUAGUCUCAUCUGAAACUUAUGAUAGAAUACCUGACAAGGUCCAAAGAAACCACACAAAAAUGCAGUACGUGUCGCUUUGUCCUUUAGGGUAGCAGAAUUUCUGUCUUUAUGGAAUAGUCACGGAAAAUGCACUGAAUGGAAGAAACUUUUUAAAAUAAUGUGUUAAUUUUACUGAAGUAGGACAGCUGUCCUCACUGCAAUUAAAUAAUUUUAUGAAGUACAUCUUCUGUGAACGUUAUUAAUCUAAGGUCAGGCUAGUAUGAUUUUAAUGUGAUCUAGAUAAAGAUAAUUUUCAAGAAAAUAGCAAUCAAUCUAUUUUAAAGCCAUACGAUAUUCAAUUUAUGUCCAGAACAAAUAACUUGACCUUUUAACAACAUACACAUGAAUGCUUUCUGAGGCACAAAAGUAGGCUAAGCUUUAACAUUUCAUACUGUAGUAUUUAUAACUCUUCUCAGAGGGAAGAUUGAUGCUCAGUGCAGAUAUGGAAGCUGAAGUACCAGGGAUAAAUAGUUUGAAAUUCUGUAUUUCCCCAGUGUCUUGCUGGGAUAGCCUUCAGGUGUUACCAACUAGCCCCACACACGAAGGCGACCAGGUUGAAUCUCCCAAUUUGGGGGGACCGGUAUGUGUGGUUAGGAAUUAAAAUAACAUUAAUCAAUCUCCAGUUGUGAUUACUAUUUCUUCCAUUGUUUGAGUGAUUUAUAAUGUAGAGAUGUUUUAUUUGUAAUUUUUUCAGUGAAAUUUGUGUUGACUUGAUAAUACUGCUCAUGUCAUGAAGCACUUUAAUAAAAGGAAAAAUACACUGGAA